AAAAAAAACAAACAAAAAAAAAAAGUGGACCAGCAGCUUUCCCCUUGCCCAUCUUGCUGAGAGAUGCGAUGCAGCCCGUGCAAGGCCCGUGGUAAUGAUGCUGAUGCACCAGGAGGGGGUUUGCGCGUCCUUCCAAACGCAGCUGCCGGAGCGUGAGGCGUCGCAGUUAUCUCUCGGGUUAUCGCCAGGUGUUUAUUUACUCUGCGUGCUUCAGGAGCUGCUCAGUGCUCCUUGGCAGCCAGACCUGUUGCCCAAAGGCACGGGUGAGUCCGCAGCCAGGAUAGAUUCUGCAGCCGGGAAAGGCGCUCUGCCGCGGGGAUUCAUCAUCGCGGGGAGAGCCGAGCCCAAGGGCAGCGCUGCCCUGAGCCCACAACGCAAAAUCACCCAGGAAUGAGCUGAGCCGAGCCUGGCUCUGCUCGGGUGAAGCCUCCGCAGCGGCCGGGGUACGAUCUUGUGAGGAUGGAGAGUUCAUGGGAGCCCAUUCCUGCCUCGCAGUCACAUCCCGGGGCUGCACUCCUGCGGCUCUGUGCGUGCUGUCCCCGCACUCCUGCGGCUCUGUCCGUGCUGUCCCCGCACUCCUGCGGCUCUGUGCGUGCUGUCCCCGCACUCCUGCGGCUCUGUCCGUGCUGUCCCCGCACUCCUGCGGCUCUGUGCGUGCUGUCCCCGCACUCCUGCGGCUCUGUCCGUGCUGUCCCCGCACUCCUGCGGCUCUGUCCGUGCUGUCCCCGCACUCCUGUGGCUCUGUGCGUGCUGUCCCCGGGAGGGCUCGCUGCCCAGGUGGGCUUUGCCUCCCCGACUCCUGCUCUGUGUCCCGCCAGCCCCAGGAGACGCUGCCAGAGCUAUUUGCUGCUCUUGCUCCCUCAGCACAGAUCGUGAUCCCCAUCCCUCGGCGCCUGCUGACGGUGGGGAAAGACAAACACAGUGUCCAGGGCCACCCCUGCCAUUGCCAAGGUGACUUUGCUGCUCGCUGGGUUGCAGCCUUUGUUCAGAGCACCAGGCGAGUUCCCGUGGGUGGCAGGGACAGGGUAAGGCCGUGCAGGUGUUGGAGUGGAACCAGGAUCAAGGACUCUGUGUGUUUUAUCUGGGACUCCCUGUGCUGCUGCUGUAGCCACAGCACCGAUCCUGCCUCGAGCUCCUGUGCUUCUCUUUCAUCACAGACAAGAGGGGCAGAGCUCAGCUGGGCUGCUUUCUGCUCAUUCCAUGUCUGAGCCAUUGCUGGGGAAAAUGCCUGCUCACUGGACAAACUUACCUGAAUCCAGCACAGACCUGGAGGAACAACCUCCUGAGGCAGUGGAGUGCUGAAGCCCAGCAGCCCCCCUCCAUGUCUGGGGGUGCUGGAGCCCCAGAGAGCCAGGCCCUUGCUGCCCUCACCCACAGCAGCCAAGAACUGGUGGAUCUGGGGUCAGUGGACACAUCUGGACAUCAGGUAGCACAUGCUCCAGUUCCAGAGGCUGCUUCAGAGCUCCUGGGACUGAGGCAGAACAAACGCCCUGAUACUGCCUGCUUAGCUUAGCUCACUCUGUGGCAGCAGAUAAGGGGCCACAGCAAAACCAGAAGGUGUGACCAGCACAUCACCCCACUGUCCUGCUGAACAAUUAACUCCAAUUUACCAAAAUUGGAGAUGAAGGGCUGCAAGCUGCUUUUGUUGCCUGCGUAAAUAUUAACCAUGGUGUAAAUCAGGAUUAUCUCUCUGAACGCAACACAAUUACUCUGUUAAAAAAAAACAAACUAAACUGGGGGGGCUGAGUGGGUAUUGCUGAUGAGUUUACAGCUCUGUUUGUGGUCAGGCUGGUUUUCAUGGCGUGGCAAUCUCUUGGCACAGCAGGAACAGCGGGAGGAGAAUUUGCCAGCACAUGAGGAGAUGCCCCACGGUCUCACAGCCUGGCGUCUUCCUUUGCUCACCCAGGCACAGUGACACAAGGGACGAGCCUGCCAGGAGCCACAGAGCAGCUAACACAGACCUGGUGCUGGAGGAAUGCCGAGGUGUGAUGCAAUUUUGUCCUGACCAGAUGUUGCUCCCUGGGCCAGGACAGGGCAAGGAUCAAAGGGCAGCAGAAUCCAGACAAGCCCAGCUGAUUCUCUGGGCUUGGGUUGAUAUGUUUAUUCUGUUAGAAGCACUGUGCUUGCUGGGUGUCUGGCUUUAAAAACUGCUUCAUGGCGCUGCUGUCAUGGCCCCUUUGGCUCCAAAAUUCCUCAGAGUCCAUGAGCAAGAGUCUGGUUUUGUUCAGGCUCUGGUGACCCUGGAAGGAGCUCACAGUGUGUUCUGGCAUCGCUGGCAGAGCUGCACUGCAGCGGGGUCUGCAGGGAAGGGCUUCUCUGGCUGUCCCUGAGUGUGUCUGUGCCAGUUCUGCCAGGCACAUCCCAUGGGCGUCUCCUGUGGACACAGCCUGGCAGCACCGAGGAGAGGUGCUCUGGCUGCACACCCUGGCAGCCUGGUGCUGGGACGGGCAUGGCGAGGCUUUGCUGCACACCCGGUGAACUUGGUGUUCACUCAGCUGCUCCACUGCUCAGUAAAGCAAAUCAUCCCCAAAACAAAACCUUCCCUGGCCCACGCUGCUCUGGGGCAGCAUGAAACUUCCCCGCCAGACAAGGGAGAAAAGCCAGAGCGAACCAGGAGGUGAGGAAUGAGGGACAUAGGUGGAAAACGUCGCCUGCUACCAGGAUUGCCUCUGCCAAAGGCCACCACACCGGUGGCGUGGGAAGCCGGCUCCCGGCAUGGGGAAAUGCAGGGAUAUUCCCGGGCGGGGCCGGGGCUUCCACCGGCGACACUCGCGGGGACUCCGUGCAGAUGCUGGCCGCGUGCCGGAGCUCGGUGUCCCCAGAGAGGGGCCGCCGCUGGGUUUGACGUGUCGCUAAUGAUGUUCCUGACAGCCAUGGAUGCCCGAGGUUACCGGCGCGGUGCCCGGUGCCGUCCCGGCGCGGCGGCGGCCGGACGGGGAGCGAGCUCGAGCAGACGGGGCCGAUUUGGAGGGGACUGGGCUGGAGACGGGCUUGGGGACGGGGACCGGGACGAGGCUGGGGGUCCCGCCGCCCUCCCGUCCCACCCCCGUUUCCACGGCGACGUUGUCAGCAGCCGCCGGGCCCCGCCCCGCGCCCCGCCUGGGCCAAUGGCGCGGCGGCGCCCGGCCUGCCCGCCGGUGACGUCAUGGCCGGUGAAAAUCCCCCGUGGCCGCGGGAGCGGCGGUGGCGGCGCGGCCCCGCGGCCCGGCGCGGCCCGCACCAUGGCCAAGCACCACCGCACGCCGGCGCGCUCCGCCGAGCCCGUCAUCGAGGUCAAGAGCAAGUUCGACGCUGAAUUUCGCCGCUUUGCCAUGAAGCGCUCCAGCGCCGGCAGCUUCCAGGACUUCUACCAGCUGCUGCAGACAGUGCACCAGAUCCCGCGGGUGGACGUGCUCCUGGGCUACACAGACAUCCACGGCGACCUCCUGCCCAUCAACAACGACGACAACUACCACAAAGCCCUGUCCUCUGCCAACCCCCUCCUCAGGGUCAUCAUCCAGAAGAAGGCCGAGUCUGACGCCAGCGUCUUCGCCUCCAACUCCUUGCAGCGGAAGAAGAAAGGGCUGCUGCGCCCAGCACACUACAGGGCCAAGCCUCACCUCCUCAUCGGGAUGCCCCAGGACUUCCGCCAGAUCUCCUCCAUCAUCGACGUGGACAUCCUGCCCGAGACGCACCGGCGCGUGCGGCUGCACAAGCACGGCUCCGACAAACCGCUGGGCUUCUACAUCCGCGAUGGCGUCAGCGUGCGCGUGGCCCCGCAGGGCGUCGAGAAGGUGCCCGGCAUCUUCAUCUCCCGCCUGGUGAAGGGCGGCUUGGCUGAGAGCACGGGGCUGCUGGCGGUCAGCGACGAGAUCCUGGAGGUGAACGGCAUCGAUGUGGCCGGCAAGUCCCUGGACCAAGUGACGGACAUGAUGGUGGCCAACAGCCACAACCUCAUCAUCACCGUCAAGCCGGCCAACCAGCGCAACAACGUCAUCCGCAGCAGCAAGGCCUCGGGCAGCUCCGGCAUGUCCACGGACAGCACCCCCAGCCAGCAGACCCCCAGCCCGGCCUCGCAGUACCUGAGCAACUACAGCACGGCCGAGAGCGACGAGGAGGGCGACCUGGUCAUCGAGAGCGACAGCGCGUCCCACUACAUGCCCGGGGGCUGCCCCAACGGGGGCCCCGCGGACGGACCCCUGCAGCGGAGCCUGUCCCCGCACAGCUCGCGGGGCUCCCUGCAGUCCCUUGGCAGCCACGACGGCAGCCCUGGCAGGGGCAGCGGACGGGAGGAUGGCACCCUCCUCACCCUAUAGCCGCAGGGGCCACUGCCACUCGGUGGCUGGCCGGGUUCCCGCUGAUCUGGGCUGGAUGUGGACACCAGGGUGAUGAUGUGGCCGGCAGCCAGGGGUGGAGAGGGGCUGCCCGCUGCCUUCUCCCCCCGCCCGUGACCCCCAGAGCCCCAGUGUGGGACCCACUCAAGCCAGGCACUGCCCCUCUGAGCGCCCUUGCCUCCUCUUCCAAGCAAGCGGGGGUUUUUAAUUGUUUUAUUGAAAUAUGCAUCAUUAAUAUAUUGCAAUGGACAGUAAAACUUUUUCUAGAAAGCGCCGUGCUUGUCCCUGGUUCAUGUCACUGAAGGGAGGAGGGGGACACUGGGUGGGUACCCCAGCCCUGUGCACAGAAGGCAGUGCCUGGGGGCUGUGCCCUUGAUCUUUGCUGCUGUGCUAGGUGACCCCACUGAGAUUCGUUGUGGCUGUUGCAGGACACAGGUCCAGGCUGUUUUGGGCAGCUGCCUAGCCUGAUGCAGCCAGCCUUGCUUGGUCCUGCCAUUCCCACCUUGUCCCUG